AUGUUCCCAGUCCCCGCCCACCUUCCCCGUUCUGGAGGGGAACACAUCUCCAGCCCCGCCCAAGAGGACAUACCAGCCCCGGCCGACUCGGCUUCGGAACAAGAAUCGGCUGUCCUCACACUCCUCAAACCAUUGUUAGACGCUCCUAUAGACACGUCAAAGUCUACAGCUCCAGCCGCAUCUGGACCGGAGAAGAACAAGAAAGGGGCGCGAUGGACUGCUGAAGAGAUCCGAAAAGUUAGGGAGAGCUUGGAGAAGGCUGUGGAGGAGAACAAGGCCAAAACGCAUCGACUGGUGCUCGACAAUCUUCCUACCAUCUCGCAUGACAUCCAGCUUUCAUCAUCCUUGCGGACAGACAUGAGUCAAGUCAAGGCGAAGCUCGAAUCUCUGGAGAAGGAGAUCGAUAUCACAGAUCCUGCAACCUCGUUCCUCCCGCCGCUGGUAACAGUCCUCAACAACCACUUCUCCUCUCUAUCCACUCUCCACACUUCCCGCGCCUAUAUAUCUGCUCUGAAAUCACUUCAGACCAAAGCGCAGAGCGUCUCAAAGCUAGAGCAAGCGAUCUGGUCUGGGGAGACGGCGGAGAGCUGGGUCAUCAAGGCGCUCUCUUCUGAGCAAGAUGUCAAAGAGUGGUCAGAGGCUUUGGAAAUAAAGGAGACUAAAGUUGUCAAGGCUCUAGAUCAGAGAAAGAGGGAAUUGUACGACGAGGCUGUUCAGCAGUUCCUUGGAGGCUGGGCCGAGCUGGUCACUGUCGCGAAGCGAGGUGAAGGCGUGGUUGUUACAGCUAAGAGUGAGGUGAAGCUCCCUGCUCCCAGAGGUGCCCGUCCGAAUAACCUGCAAAUGACACCAGCACCUCACUACUCUCAGACAGCUGUUCUUCAAGCACUGAAUUCCCUCGGCCUACUAUCGCAAUCGCUACAAACUCUACAAACCCAACUUCUCGAGGACGUGAUCAUUCCGAUAACGGCCUCGCGUUGCACUCUGAAUGUAACUUCCAGCGAAGGAGAGACUGUCCUGAGGGUAGAGCCGAGUGCGAGCACUGUGGGCGAGGAGCAAGUCCUCCAGAGCGUCCGCUCCUUCUUGUCGAACCUCUCCCCGACUCUUAUCCCGAGCUCUAUCGAAUUACCCGAAACCUCAUCAUUCCUUCUCUCCACCAAAACCAUCACCCUCCAAGCUCUCCUCGACAACUUCCUCCUCCCCCUCCUCCCUUCCUCCCCUUCCGCCCUACCCGCUUGGAUAUCCCUCCUCCAAACCGCCCUCACCAUCGAAUCCUCCCUCCCCAUCUCUGACGACCAGAAACAAGGCCCCAUAUCCCGAUUCUUCCAAUCCCAAGCCGCUUUGGAGUAUGCCACCAAAAGGCGAUACGACUCUGCUGAGCUUGUGCGUGGGUUGGUGUUGAGGGGAUGGAAAGGAUGGGAAGGGGUCAGGUGGGAGAGGGAGAGGGAGGUGGUGGGUGUUGAGGAGGUGGAGGUUAGUGAUGAUGAGGAAGUGGAGGAUGCAGAGAGGACGCCGGUUGUGGAGAAGAAGGUGCCGGUGAGGGUGGGAGAUGAGGGAUUGGAGGAAGAAGAUGGGUGGGGCUUUGAUGAGCCUGUGUCGGUCCCGGAGAAGAACGAGGAGAUUGCAGAGGAAGCAGGAGAAGAUGAUGGGUGGGGAUUCGACGAGCCCAUUGCUCCUACAGCCCCAGUCUCCGAACCCGAACCCGAACCAGAGACAUUACCCACACCCGCUACCGAACCAACCCCAAUAGAAGUUCCCAAACCUACCAAAGCUCCACGGGAAGCCAAACGUUUAGGCAAGAAGGCUGCCAAAAAGCCAAAAGAGCAUGACCCUUGGGACCCGGUCCCUGACCUUGCACCCACACCUUCUGAGGUUUCGGAAGCUUCUUCCUCUCGGUCCGAGACGCCUGUGUCGGCUAGUACUUCUGUUUCUGGGCAAGAGAUCAAUGGAAAUGGAGUCGUGCAUGCUGAGAAAGAGCCAAAACCAAAGGCGAAAGCACCGAGGGAAGCGAAAAAGCUUGGGAAGAAGGUGGGCAAGCAGGUCAAGAAGGAGUAUGAUCCCUGGGAUGUUGAGGCGCCUGUUGCCGCUGCUGUGCCUGCGCCUGCAUCUGUAUCUGAUGCGGUGUCGUCUCCCGCUCUUACGGAUGAGGUGGAGGGAGGCUGGGGAUGGGAGGAUGAUGCGCAUGUGGUUGCUCCCGUUCCAGUACCAGAGAUCAGGGAAGAUGUGACUGCUUCGCCAAAGAAGAGAAAGAGGACGGCGUUGAAGGAGGAGAGAAAGGUCAUCAAGGAGGUGUACCAGGUGUCGAAAGGGUGUGAAGAGCUUCUGAUCAUCGCUCGGAGGUUGCUCAAGGAAGUUGACGAAUUGAAGUCUACAAAAUUGGACUCGCCCUCGUUCGAGAACGCUUCUACAUAUACAACCAUCCACCAAGCAAUCGCCGAAGUGUUUACCCUCUACCGCGCCCUGCUACCCACCUACUACUCUCAACAGCUCCUCGAAGUUCCUUCUCUCGCUCUCCAAGCGUACAACGACACCAACUUUUUAUCCUUCUCUCUACCCUCCCUAUCCUCUUCAGCAGAUUCACCAGAGUCGUCCUGGGACUUUGAGAGAGAACAAGAUGCGUUGCUCGCCCUCGGCGAUCAUCUACUGGAAGCGUUCAUCACGAAUCAACUGGGACAGAUCGAUACCGAGCUGGAAGGGGUGAAGAGGCUUGAGGGGACUGGGGAUGAUGUCGUGUUUAGAGAUAGCGAAAAGUGCAUCAAGGGGUUGGUGUUUGAGUUGGAAAGUUUGAGUCGGGUCAUCAAGCCCGUCGUUCCGCAAUCUGAGCGAUAUCCCCUCCUUGGCACUCUGCUCACCCACUUUACCUCCCGUCUAUCCUCAUUCGUCCUCUCUCUAUCCGACAUUACCGAGAUCGAGUCAAACCGACUGACAGAACUCGUGAGGCUGGUUUACCCACUAGAGAACCUGUUUGCAGGCGGAGAGGGAGUUGUAGGGCACGUCAGGGGAUGGCUGAAAUUCUGCUACAUCGCCGAGAUUCUUCAAGCCAACCUCGUGGAUAUCACCUACCUGCUGGACCAGAAUGCGCUGGUGGACUUUACGCCCGACGAGCUUAUUGGGCUUGUGAGGGCGCUGUUUGCGAGCAGUGAGAAGAGGGAUAGGGUGAUUGACAGGAUUGAAGCUGAGGGGACUGGGGUUGGAGGAGAGCAGGAGCAUGAAGAUGAGAGGUCAUGA